GCCGCUGUUUGUCUUCCUCGGGUUCCUCUGGUUUGGAGAAAGAGACCUCCACGGCUGGGGCUUUCCCCGACUUUGCUUUUCUUCCUGGGCAUCCACCUUGUAUCUCCAGCCGCCUUCACCGCACCCCGCUCCCCACUUUGCCUUCCUCAUUCUCUUCUCUCUACCCUUUCUUGCACUCCCCAGAGCCAAACCCGGUGCUGCUUCUGCUUGGAUGCAAUUGAGGAUUGGCUCUCUCACCCGCUCUCCUUCUCCCUCCCCUCCUCCUCCAUCGCCCACCCCCGAAUCGUCUUUCCGCUUUAUUUUAAGUAAUUCUGGGAGCAAGUGCCCAACCUCUGUGGUUUGUUCAGCUGUGCAGGUAGGAGCUGAUGCAACUUAAAAUAGGGGUGGGGUGGGAUGGGGAAAGUUCCCCCUCCCCCCCAAUAGCUAUUCCCACGAGUAAAGUUAAAGGCAACUAGAAGAGAGGAGCUUUGAGAGCAUUUGGUAAAGAAAAAGACAAGAAGAAACUGGAUGAUGACAACAGUAGUCCUAUGGUCCCCCAGUCUGCUUUCUUGGGGCCCACCCUGUGGGACAAAACUCUUCCCUAUGAUGGAGAUACUUUCCAAUUGGAAUAUAUGGACUUGGAAGAAUUCUUGUCAGAAAAUGGCAUCCCCCCCAGCCCCUCUCAGCAUGAUCACAGCCCCCACCCCCCUGGACUGCAGCCAGCAACCUCAGCUGCCCCCUCUGUCAUGGACCUCAGCAGCCGGGCCUCCACCUCGGUGCACCCCAGCAUCUCCUCUCAGAACUGCCUGCAGAGCCCCAUCAGACCAGGUCAGAUAUUAUCCACAAACCGCAACACGCCAAGUCCCAUUGACCCUGAGACCAUCCAGGUCCCUGUGGGUUAUGAACCAGACCCAGCUGACUUGGCUCUGUCCAGCAUCCCUGGCCAGGAAAUGUUUGACCCUCGAAAACGCAAGUUCUCAGAGGAGGAGCUCAAACCACAACCCAUGAUUAAGAAAGCUCGCAAAGUCUUCAUCCCUGAAGAUCUGAAGCAGGAUGACAAGUACUGGGCAAGGCGCAGAAAGAACAACAUGGCUGCCAAGCGCUCCCGAGACGCCCGGAGGCUGAAGGAGAAUCAGAUUGCCAUUCGGGCGUCGUUCCUGGAGAAGGAGAACUCGGCCCUGCGCCAGGAGGUGGCUGACUUGCGGAAAGAGCUGGGGAAAUGCAAGAACAUACUGGCCAAGUAUGAGGCCAGACACGGGCCCCUGUAGGCCACUCUGGCUUAGGUGGACAGUGGUUCCUGUUUGAUAACACCACAUCCAGACCAACCUUGCUGUCAUCAGCACUUUACUAGAAGCAUCAACAGAAACGGACUUGCAUUUGUGUGUGUGUAUGUGUGUGUGUGUCUUGUAUGUGUGGAGUGCGUGCGCACGAGCGCACCAGGCCGUGUGCCCCGAGGUGGGAGAGCGGGUGCUGGGGCAGGUCCCAUUUUUAUGAAACACCCUCCUUCCCCCUCUCUCCUCCUGCCUCUGACUUUUCAUUUAGUUCAACAACAACAAAAAAGUGCCACAUUUUUACUUGGACUAUUGAGAUGGAUGGUGGCUAUUCUCUCCCUUUUUUGUCUCCUGCAUCCCGACCCUCUCACCCCAGUCAGCACUGUUCCCCUUUAUUCCUCUUUUGUUCCCUUUCCUUGGAUUUAGACAGAAAGAUCCCAGUUUUAAAAAAAAAAAAGUAGAUCUCAGUUUUUAAAAGUACAAG